AAACUACGGUAAUAUUUCACAUGUCUCUCACCACACAAAGAAAAUCAAAGAAAUCUGAAAUCUCUGUGAGGAUUGUUCUUUCCAUUCGUCUCCUAAGUUAGAAAGUACCUCAUUCUUGGGGGCAAACUAACAACUGAUUCUCCUCCAGAUUGAGUGUCUGAAAAUGGCGAUAAGAGCUUCUCCAGUUGCCGGUUUAAGUUUGUUGCCCACACCACCAUCUUCUUCAAAUUCCUCUAACCAACUUGUUAUGCUAAGAAAACCUCUCAGAACAUCAUUCUUUAAUGGCGGUGGCAUUUCUUACCUGAAAUUAGGGAGCCUUAUCCACCAAAGAGGCAGGCUUCACCGGUGUUUGUCUCAUAAGAAGAAGAUUAAGACCACACAGUCUGUGGCGGCCGCAGUUCCACCAUCCUCCAUAGGCAAUGCGGAGUAUAGGAAGAAGUUAUCGGAAAGCUACGGAUUUACUCAAAUUGGAGAACCACUUCCGGAUAAUGUUACAUUGAAGGAUAUUGUUGAAACCCUUCCCAAGAAGGUCUUUGAGAUAGAUGAUGUGAAGGCUUGGAAGACAAUUUUAAUAUCUGUCACUUCUUAUGCACUGGGGAUCUUCAUGAUCUCUAAAUCUCCAUGGUAUCUUCUUCCUCUUGCUUGGGCUUGGACAGGAACUGCAAUAACUGGGUUCUUUGUAAUAGGCCAUGAUUGUGCUCACAAAUCUUUUUCAAAGAAUAAAUUAGUGGAGGACAUCAUUGGGACGCUUGCCUUCAUGCCCCUAAUAUACCCAUAUGAAUCUUGGCGCUUUAAGCAUGAUCGCCAUCACGCAAAAACAAAUAUGUUAGUUGAAGAUACGGCAUGGCAACCUGUUUGGAAAGAAGAAUUUGAUUCAGUUCCAGCUCUGCGGAAGGCAAUUAUAUUUGGAUAUGGUCCAUUUCGGACAUGGAUGUCCAUAGCACACUGGGUGAUGUGGCACUUCGAUUUGAAUAAGUUCAGACCAAAUGAACUUAAAAGGGUCAAAAUAAGCUUGAGUUGUGUGUUUGCUUUCAUAGCAGUCGGUUGGCCGUUGAUUAUCUGGAAGACGGGUCUCAUUGGAUGGGUUAAGUUCUGGUUGAUGCCAUGGUUAGGCUACCACUUUUGGAUGAGUACUUUCACAAUGGUUCAUCAUACGGCUCCUCACAUACCCUUCAAAACCUCAGACGAGUGGAAUGCAGCUCAAGCCCAAUUAAAUGGAACUGUACAUUGUAACUAUCCUAGUUGGAUUGAGAUUCUUUGUCAUGAUAUCAAUGUGCACAUUCCGCAUCAUAUUUCUCCAAGAAUACCGAGCUACAAUCUACGGGCAGCUCAUAAAUCACUACAAGAAAACUGGGGCAAGUAUCUGAAUGAGGCAAAUUGGAAUUGGCGCUUAAUGAAGACUAUAAUGACAGUGUGCCAUGUUUACAGUGAAGAACAAAAUUAUGUUGGUUUUGAUGAAAUAGCCCCUAGUGAAUCUCAGCCGAUUACUUUCUUAAAGAAAGUGAUGCCAAAUUCUGCAUGAGUAGAGGGCUGUACUUCAGGGGGAGGAAAAUCCUUUUAUAUCCCUGAUGUGAGGUGUUGUAUUCUUCUAUAUUUUGGCGAUGUUUUCCCUUGCAACUAUAGGGUGGAGCAAAAUCAGAACGGAAGUUUAUUGCCUUAUUGUAUCGGUUUUACCAACUCUGGUCUAAAUUAAAGUUUUUCUUCUUUUCGAAAAUGAAAAAA